CAAAUAUUAAUACAAACAACAGAAAACUUUAUUAAAAAGUCGCAAAAAUGCCUAGAAGAGAUUAUGGUGAAAGGCACCGCAAAAAGACUAGAUAUUCAUCAGAUUCAUCAGAUCUAGAAAAAAGGUCCAGAUCACGUCGAGAGAAGUCACGAUCUAAGAAAAAAAGCUCAUAUAGAAGUAGCCGCAAACAACGAGAAACAUCCAGCUCAAAUAGUUCUUCGUCACGUAGUCGUUCAAGCAGCACAAGUAGUCAAAGCAGUGACUCAAGAAGUAAAUCACGAACAAAUCAUUCAAGUCGAUCGUCUUCAGUUCAUCAGAAAAAGUCAACAUCAGUGCAAAAAGAACCAGAACAAGUCAAAAACUUCGAUUUGGAUAAUCUUUAUAAAGAAAAGGACAAAAUAAAGGCUUUAGAAGACAUUGAAUCCGACUCAUUUAAACAGGCAGCAUUUAAGCAGUCGUCAUCCAGUAAAAUUAUUGUCGAUCUUGAAAUGGAUAAAAUUAUGCUUCCAGCUACUUCUGCAGCUACUCAAGAAGACGAAAGCUUAAUUCAUCCAAGCUUUUUAGGUGACAGCGAUAAACGAGUUGAUAAAUGGAUUAAAAAGCUCUACACUUAUCGGAAUCAAUAAUUUGCGACAUGCACAGACUGAAAUUUAUUAAUUAAUUUAUCUUUAACAUAUGAA